AUGCCGCCCUACCUCGUCGGCAAGGCGGCCUCGUCCGAGGCGAUCUUCUUCGACGAGCCCGUCAAGGCGGAGGCGGGUCGACCGGAAUGGAGCCCCACCCCGCUCGCGAAACCCGCCUUCCACCCGGAGCACGAGUGGCAUGGCGUGCGAACGCCCGAAAACCCCUCCCAAGGGGGGGGGGAUCAUGGAAGCGCGCUCAAAGCCCUCCCGAUGGCGCCGAAAAGUUACGCCAAAGGGAAUCCCGGGAUCCUAACGGAGCGGAUUCAUGUCGAUCGCGCCAACAGCCUCGUUUCGCACAGCAGAGGGCAUCAAGACGGCCGCACCGGUUCGCGCGGGAACGUGCAACGCGGUUUGGAUAACCGAGCCGACAGCACCUGGUCGCUUUGCUCUCAAACCUCGUGCACGAAGGAGUUUCACGUCCACGAGACCUCCUCCUCCACGGCGGAGCGCGCGUGUCCGUCGACCGAGGAGCCUUCGCUAAAGGGGAAACGCACGGGGCGGAAACAAUCCUCGCCGGAUAUUUCCUACGCGAGCAGCCUCGGCGGCGCGCUCCAUGGGGAGGGUCGGGAUGCGAUCGUCCAACUCAUCCAUCUUUCAGGGUGCGGGGGGGAGGGGGGGUCCACGGCGACGUCCUCGAAGGUGUACGAACCCCCCGAUCAUGGCGAUUUCACCUCCGCCGUCGUCGCCACGAGCGCGUUGUCGGCGAUUCCCCACGCGACCCCGUCGUUGAUCCACGCGAAGACGCCCUCGACGGCCUCCUCGGCGGUGGUGGCGACUUUGGAGGGCCACCCAAUCCCCUAUCGUUGUGUGGCGGUGAAACGCAUCUACAAGGCGGAGCUCUGCCGAACGCAGGUGUUGCAUUCCCUCCGAAACGAGGUGCUUUUUGGCAGCCAACUUCGUCAUCCCUGCCUGUUGAACGUCUUUGGCGUGACGGAGGAUAACGAUUGCGUGUACUUGGUGAUGGAUCUCGCGGAGAACGGGAAUUUGGCGGAUUAUUUAAACCACUACGGCGUCGAGGAGACGCGGGAGAUGGCGCCGCGUUUUCUCGCGGAUGUCGUCUUAGCCCUCGAACACCUGAGUGAUGGGCGACAGCAUUUAUACCACGCCUCCACCACCCCGUUGGAUUCCUCCAUACGACCACCCGAUGAAUGCUCAGGAAAACACACAACGGAGGAAGAAAAAGAAGGAGGAGGAGGAGGAAGAGGAAGAGGAUCCUUCGAGCGCACCCCCCACACCGCGGCGGAGCGGGCAUCGCUCCGGGCCGACAGCGACCUCGACGAGUCACGGCGGCAGUUGUUGCACGAUAGCAUCAUCCAGCAUCGCGAUCUGAAGCCGAAGAAUCUGCUGCUGACGUGGGAUUAUCACGUCAAAAUUGCGGAUUUUGGGAGUUCCUGCUAUAUAGGGAAUCACGACUGCAACCGUUUCGGCGGAUCCCCCGCGUACAUCUCGCCGGAGGUGAUUAUUGAGAACAAGGCGGGCCCGUAUAGCGACCUGUGGGCGCUUGGUUGCGUUCUUUACGAGCUCACCCAAGGGGUUUCCCCGUUCAAAUCCAACACCGCCUUCUGUACGACGCAGAAGAUCAAAAAAUUCCAGGCCGGGACGCUCACCUUCCCCCAAGCGAUCUCCCCUGAGGCUCGGGAUCUCGUCGAGCGGUUGCUCCAACCGAACCCCACCGAUCGCCUUGGGGCCGCCGAGCAAGGGGGGUUUGCGGGGUUAAAGCGACACCCGUUUUUCCGCGAAAUCGCCUGGGAUGGGGUCCUGGAGCGGGCGAAUUUGACGCCACGGAAUACGGAUUACACCCUGGAGCUCGCCGGGCACCUCUUCGCGGACGAGACCGUCGUGUAUGGCGCCGUAGUCGAGGUCCUCGCCGGGCGGUCGUUGCCGCCGCUCUUCGCCGAGGAGCCCUGCCGCUGCCUUUGCCUGCUCGUCUUGACGGAUCGCCCGCGGCUGCUCCUCGUGCUGCCCUGCCGGGGGGCCGCCGUGGCGCUGCCGUGGUCGGACGCCCUGCGGGUGGCGGUCGACGCGGAGGGCGGGGAGACCGCGGCGUUGCGGAUUUGGUCCCCCCCCCUACCCCAUCCGCUCCGGUUGCGCGAUCUCAGCGGGCGCCCGGACGUCUGGCGGGGGAAAAUCCACGACGCGAUCCAUCCGCGCUCCCCGGCGACGACGGCGACGGCGACGGCGAUCCCCCCGCGGGAGGGGAUCCCCCCACCGCCGAGGCUGCUCCAUCGCAUCCGCGCCGCGCGGGGGUGCCGAAAACGGCCUCUCGCACUCCGUCUCCUGCCAUCCGGGGCGCCGUCGUAA